AUGGCUGAGAAGGUCGGUAAGUCCACACUCGUUCUUGAAAUUAUGCCAGCUUCUGAUGAGGUCAACCUCGACGACCUCGAGAAGAAGAUCCGCGAGGUCGCUAUGGAUGGCCUCCUUUGGGGCAAGUCCCAGCGCAAGGAAGCUUGCUUCGGCCUUUUCGCCCUCCAGAUCGGUGCUGUCGUUACAGAUGAUGUCGAUGUCCAGGGUCUUGAAGACGAACUUUCCUCCUGGGAAGACUGGAUCUCAUCUGAGAAGAUCAUCGCUUUCCAGAAGAUCUAA